AGUUGUUCUGUAGUGCAGCUGAACGUGGGUGGUCAUGUGUUCACCGCGUCUGCGCUGCGUCAACACCCCGACUCCCAGCUGACCUCCAUGUUCAGUAGUGGUCAGCAACCCAAACUGCCCACCAACGCCAAGGGACGCUACUUCAUCGACUGCCACGGGACGCACUUCGGAGCCAUUCUUCAGUUCCUACGCACCCAGCGCUUGCCCACAGAGAGUGUUCUAGAGGUUUGUGACACGUACACAAGCCCAUAUGUCGGAACUCUGAACCAAUGAGCGAGCCCAUCGUGCAUUGAUGUCACCUUCCCUGAGACCUGUUACCCCCAGUAGUUACAACAAUUCAUAACAUGAGAGUCCUACGUGUGUGUGUGUGUGUGUGUGUGUGUAACAGGUUUACCAGGAGGCUCUCCACAAUGACAUCUGAGCCCUGGUGAAGCAGCUGCAGGACUUUGGAGAAACAGUGGGGAGGCAGCAGUUCAUCUCCAGGGUCCCCAAAUACCUGGAGAACCUGGAGGUACAAUGGCCCUGACAUAAUAACAAUACCUAACCCCUGUGGCCUGGGGUGAUCCAGCAGUCUAAGCCGCUGUUUCUGGAUUACAUGUACUGAACUACCGCGGCGAGCAUGGGUUUGAAAACUUCUCUAGCACUAUCUCCUCCAUCCACUCCUCUAUAUAUCCUGUCCAAUAAACACAAAUGUGAAUGGCGUGGGACUGACCCACUCCUUUAAAAAUAAAACUACCUCUACAAUGUCACUGAUAAAUAUGAUAUAUUAUUUAUGGUCACUGUUGUAUGGCUACCAGGUGUUGGUGAGAGUGGCCCGAGCGGAAGCCAUCGCCGCCCGUCACUCUGCUGUCAUCGUGUGUGUUCUGAAAACCUGCGUCGCUAUGACAACGCCAUCAACAACCUGGAGGAACAGGAGGUGGUGCAGUUCGGACCGUGGAAG